UUUGUUGAUAUUUUUCAGGAUCAGUAAUGUUGAGGGUGGAAUACUGCAAUGUGUUUUGUGUGUAAUGUGUGUUUUGAUUUGUGUUCAUGUUGAGAUGAAUUAUCUCAUGUAAGCUACCUGAGUUAUACAAAUAAAACACUCAUUUUGCAACAGCAUCAAAAUGAAGAGAAGCAAAGCUAUAAUAUUCGGAAAAAUAAACGCAGAUUGUUUACGAAAUCCAGCAGAAGAAACCAGUGCCGUAAAGACAGUGGGCACUUUCGGUACCUUUGGUAACAAUCAGAAAAACGAUACAACAAAAGACGAGGAAUACAAAGACAAGGAGGCGAAAGGUAUUUACGAAGUAAUGGGUUUCGGUGGUUUUGGGAAAAAGUCCAAGCAGUUCGACAUCGAGGAGAUGGUCACUGAAGCAACGGAGACUGCGAGAAUAAGACACAAAGAUGCAGUUGAGAAAACUACUGACAAACUGAAGCCACUUUCUCUGUCAAAUGAUCCGUCAGUUCCUUCGCCUAACGACAGUUCCGACAGUGAAUCAAAUGAAGAGGACUUAAUUGGACCUCCGGUGCCAAAAGAUCUGUCAUCCACGCAGGAUGAUAAAACUGAAAAAUUAGGAGUGGACCCCAGUGGCGAAAGAAAUGAUGCCGUAGACAGUAGUGAUGAAGACGAUAGCGAUGGCGAGCAAGAUCUUACAAAAAGUAUACCAAUGAGCCAUGAAGUAGAAAUGCUGCAUGGUUCAAAAGCUGUCACAUCUGUAGCGGCUGAUCCGGCUGGUGCCAGGUUAGCUACCGGUUCCAUCGACUAUGAAAUAAGGUUCUGGGAUUUUGCUGGCAUGGACGCUUCUUUGCAAAGUUUCCGAACUUUACAGCCAUGUGAAAAUCAUCCAAUUCUUAGUUUACAGUACUCCAUCACUGGUGAUGUUAUUUUAGUAGUGUCAAGUUCAUCACAGGCGAAGGUACUGGAUAGAGAUGGAUUCGAAGUUCUAGAAUGUGUCAAAGGAGAUCAGUAUAUAAGCGAUAUGGCGAGAACAAAAGGACAUACAGCUUCUCUGAAUGGUGGCUGCUGGCAUCCAAAAGUAAGGGAAGAAUUUUUGACCUGUUCUCAAGAUAGUACCUUACGUCUUUGGGACAUUGAGAAACCAAACCUCCAUAAAAGUUUAAUAAAGUGCCGAGCACAGAAUGGACUGAAAACUGCACCAACUGCAUGUGCUUAUAAUCGUGACGGAAAUUUGAUUGCUGCUGGUUGUAUUGAUGGGUCAUUGCAGAUGUGGGAUCACCGGAAAAUGUUUGUCAACACAACAUUAAUGCUCCGUGGGGCUCAUCAGAAUGGUUCUGAAAUAUCAUGCAUUUGCUUUUCAUAUUUAGGAAAUUCAUUGGCCACUCGCAGUUGUGAUGAUACCAUGAAAUUGUGGGAUAUUCGUGCCUUCAAAAAGCCUCUUACUGUUUUUGAAGACUUGUUUUCCCGCUAUCCAACGACAGACUGUAUGUUUAGUCCUGACGAUCGUAUGCUGAUAACUGGAGAAAAUAUGAAAAAAGACAGUACAUCGGGAAGGCUGCUUUUUUAUGAUACCUCUUCAUUUACAAAAGUUAAUGAAAUCUCUGUGACAGAUUCUCAUGUGAUAAGAACACUCUGGCAUCCAAAGCUAAAUCAGAUAUUUGUUGGCUGUGGUAAUGGGACUGUGAAAGUUUACUAUGAUGAAAAGCGCAGCCUUAGGGGCGCUAAGUUAUGUGUAGUUAAAACUCACAGAAAAGUGAAACAAGUUGGUGUGGUUGCUGCUCAGCAGAUAUUGACACCCCAUGCAUUACCCAUGUUCCGACAAGAAAAGCCAAAGUCAAUAAGAAAACAAAUGGAAAAGGAUAGACAUGAUCCUGUGAAGUCGAGGAGGCCUGAUCUGCCCAUUUCUUCUGGACAAGGUGGCCGUGUCGCACAGUCAGGUGGUACUCUUAGUUCCUAUGUUAUACGCAAUCUAGGCUUAAGCAAACGUGUGGAAGAUGACCAGGAUCCACGAGAAGCCAUACUUCGCUUUGCUAAAGAGGCUGCAGAGAAUCCAUAUUGGGUUUCUCCAGCUUACUCAAAGACACAGCCAAAGCCUAUUUUUCAGACUGAUGAGGAUGAUGAAACAGAGGAAUCUACAUCAAAGAAACAAAAGACAGAGUAAAUGAUUUAUCAUCAUAUGUUGUCAGUGAGAUGUUUAUGUAAGGUGGUAGCACUUGUGACUGCGUGUACUCUAUGUUGAGACUUUUCACGAUGAACUGCCACCAUUGUUAAUUUUUGUGGCACAAUACUAUUUGUGGGUGAGUUACCACAUCAUAUUUCUCAGAAAAUAAUUCUUUAUUGAGAAGGAAGAGUUUUAUGAAACCAACUAGCAGAUUAUAUCAAAUCUUACAUGCCUCCACUUCAAAAUAGCUUUUGUAAAUAUGUUAUGACAGUUCAUUGUACUCAUAAUCUUGUAAUAUUGUUGUAUUUAUGCAUAUAAGUUUAAUUAUAAACAUACUUUGUAUGAUGGAAUAUUGGCUGUUAACAUAUUGUUGUGCUACUAUAAAAGAAAAAUAGCCUAAUAAAUAUGUAGCCAGUUCUUUUAGUAUAAUAACAUUAAAGAGAUAGAUGGAUCUAUGCUAAAACUAAAGUAUCAAAGAGGACACAUUGUGUAAUUAUGUAUUGUCUAGAGACAAAUACAAGUUUUCUUUUGGACUGUGUACGUAUAAUUCACGUUCAAAUUUUUGGGAACAGUUACAAAAGCUACAGUUUACAGGGUAACCUGGACUGUACUGACAAAAUUUCAGAAGUUGUAAAGAGUUGUUUCAUGAGUAUCUUGGUAUAAACGCCCAUGGUCUCCUGUGACUCAUGACAGAGUAAUUAUGUUUCUUUGAUAUCUCAUCCCAGUUUAUUUCUGUAUCUGUAAUGGUGGGCUCAAGACAUUGAAGAAAAAUAAACCUAAAAAAGCAUGUUCUAUAGUAACUAGUUGAGAACAAGGGACAAAUGGGUGAUAGGACUUGCAGGAUUAUUCGUAAGUACCUCCAGGGUUUCAGAAGAUGACUGCACAAAAACUACAAAAUGUAUGAAAACAGACGUGUCAGUGGACAGAGCAAUUCUCCGACAUUGGAAUUCACACUACAGCUGCUCAGUGUGGGCUUUGUUCAUGAUGUCGCAAGUAUCAGUUCAUGGGUGCAUGUCGUUAAUGUGUCUGUGAUGGCACAAAGGCAGCUGGCUCUGUGAAUCUGGUAAUUGGGUUGCCUGUCUGUAGGUGUGAACUAAUUCGAUGGGACAAUAUGGAGACAAGGGUAAAUAAUGAAACUUGAGGACAGAACAGCCUGCAACUGCAAACUGUAAUUACAAGAAAUCUGCUAAUCAUUAGUUGGCUUCCCUGUCACCAAUGGAACAUUGAUACAUAGCCAUAACACGCAACUAAUUCCAAUUGCUUCUCUGAUAACCUCCCAUGAGCAAUAUCUGUCCCGUAAUAGUCAGAGGUUUAAUUAAUGUAUGAGAUAUGGGGAAGAAAUUCCAGCACAGUGGAACUUAGCGUAUCUAAGCCCCAUAUAUAAGAAAAAGAAGCAUGGAAGUUUGUAGCAAUUGUUAUGGCGUAAGUGUCACAAGUUCAGUUAGCUGGCUGUGUAGGAGGAUUUUAAAAUCAAAAAUGGAGAAGAUUCUAAAUGUAAAGGAACAGUGUAGCUUUAAAAGAGGCAGCUCAUAUGUAGAUAACAUCUUUACCCUUAGACAGAUCAUGGAGAAGAGAGUGAAAAUGGAAUCUAAGCAAUCAUUUGGCCUUCAUAGAUAUUGAUAAAGCAUUUGACACAGUGCCACUAAAGCUAUUAUUAAAGUGUUGUGCUUAGGGGAACUGCCAAAAAAUUAUGCAAGAAGUAUUACAAACCUCUACAAGUUGGCAGAAUUUGUUAUUAAAGUGGGGAAACAAAUUUCUAGAGAGGCCUUCAGAAUAAUUAAAGGACUCAAAAAUGAGUUUGAAGGUUAAAAUUCAUUGAUACAAAUCCACAAGACCAUGGAAAGGGUGGCUAAGGGGUGUCCAAAAAGCGAUGGAGAGAAGACAAUGAGGAAGAAUGGUGGGAUCAAGAUGUUUGGCGGCAGAGAUGCUGGAUGUAGUGACAGCUGUAGGACCCCCGCAACAACAAGAACAUCAUCUGUAAUGGAAUGCAGUUGUAAGUGGUACAUGAAGCAUGUAUUGUUUGAAAACAAAUGUGUUCCACUCACUCACAGUAUUGUCUGUUGACAACAGUGUUGCCCGCUUUGCUCUUCACCCUCAAAAUUUCAUUCAGUACUGCUUGGUUCUGUCAUAGGUUUGUUUUUCCAAGAGUGUUAGUUGUUUGUUAACAGCAGUACACAACGUUAUGGAUAGCUUCACUGAUAAAGAGAUGGCCAUUAUGGAUCUCGUGUACGGGUUCACCAGAACCAGUGGAAGAGCAGACCGAUGAUGCCAUGCUGAACUGUCGACGCAGUGACAGCAAUCACAUUACAGUACUUUUGCAUCCGAGGGUUAUUGCAUUACUCCUUAUUUUGUAUCAUUCAUUUUCGUGAUUGCAUAUUACAGGCUUUUUUUAUUGUUGUGAAGGUAUUUUCACAGAUAUAAAGAUAAUUGGAGUGGCAAACCAAGUAAAUUACAUUAUUCCUGUGUAAUUAGUCACCAGAUACCAUGGAUCCCUUAUGCUAAAAUACUUAGAAAAUAUCCCCAAACAACCUCCAAAAUUUCGAUGGUGAAGUUUGUGUUCAGCCUGCAUAUCAGUCAGUCAUAAGUAAUGUUGUACAAUCAAAGAUAAUACUCUAAAGUAAACUGCUUGUAACAAACAGGAACAUCCUUGAACAAUGGUAGUGAUAGCUUCUCAAUACUGACAUUCUGUAUAGUAUCCUGUCUUAUCAAGAAACACAAGUCUUAAGAAAUGAAACAUAAAUAGGAACAUAUUCGUAAAGUGAAUAGCCUGUUACUAUAGGACUUUUAAUUUUAAUUAUUUGUGUUGAUAAAUGCUGUUUUUGUCAGUUCAUUCCCCAUUAUAUCCUUUGUCACAGCCAUCUGUGUAUUGUUUUGUGUGAUAGCCAUAUGCACAAUUUUUUAGUGUGUGGUAAAGACAACAAAGAGUUCCAUUACAUCAACACACAUUUCACUCAGAAUUAGAUACAGAUAUCAUGUGGGAGCAAGGGAAUCAUUGUGAGUAGAAAUCUUAUGUGUUAAUUUAGAGAGUUAAGCUCAUUUGGUAGUAGCAUGAUAAUAAUACAACAUAACAAUCAACUUAUGAAAGAAUUUAACAUGAUCAAAUUCCUGGAAUGAAAGGUGGACAAGAACUUAAGCUCGAAUAUGCAUAUUGACUUCCUAUCAAAUAAACUAUGCAGUUUUGCAUUUGCAAUGCAAUACUAGCAAUUUCCACUGACCUGAGUACAUGAAAAGUUACCAAUCAGAGUUAUUUUGAAGCUGUUAUCAGAUAUGGUAAAAUUUUCUGGGGAAGUUCAAGUAACGUAUCUCGAAUACUGAAUCUGCAAAAGAAAAUUGUCAGAUAAAUGUGUGCUGUACAGCAAGCAGAGUCUUGUCGCCCAUUAUUUUAAAAACUACAAAUCCUAACUGUUCCCUCCAUAUGCAUUUGUGAAAUUAUAAUCUUUCUACACAGCAGACAAAAAUUAUUUGAGGCGAAUUAUUUUAACCACACAUACAACACAAGAAAUUAAAAUAAUUUUAUGCUACCUGCACGCUAGUUGCAAUUAUAUGCAUGGAGUCUACAGUAUAAGGGGAUGACAAUAUAUAAAAAAGUUAAUUGGCAAAAAGAUAUUUAAUAUGAAGGCAGAAAUUUUAAAAAUGAGACUACAACAGAUUCUGGGAAAAAAUGCUGGUAUACAAUAGCAGAAUUCAUUGAAGAUGAAAUGAUAAUUUAGCAAGGGGUAAUUAAGUGUUAGAUUUUAUUGUAUGUACGCAUAACAAAUUUGUAUUAUUGUAAUGAUGCUGUUUGUUAACAUCAGCUGUUCUGUGUUUAUUGUGAAAUUUUAUUGCAAUUUUGAUGUGUCUCCUGUACCUGAAUCAUAUGAUUUAGAUUAUGUAAGUUAUGAGACAAAUAAACCACAAUAAUGUAA